CACUAAUAUCAUGUCAAUUACACCAUUGGGAUUGUUCCCACCUCAACCGGCCACCACACGUGCUCAAGCAUUGCGCCUAUCAUACGAUUCGAAAAAUGAUCGUUUAUGUUACCCACUGGGUAAAUCAGUUAUUGUUAGACCAGUAGACCCUAAAUCGUUACUGCCACUGAUUCAAUUCUCUAAACAUAUUUACCCCGUGACUGCCGCUGCAUUUGCUCCCUCAGGUAACUACGUAGCUUCUGGUGAUGAAUCAGGUAAUGUCAAAAUUUGGGAUACUUCAAUCUCCAAUGAUAAGGAAUCAUUCGAACCUCCACAUAUAAAGAGUGAAUUCCAAGUGUUAUCUGGUCCUAUUAGAUCCAUUUCUUGGGACGCUGACAGUCAAAGAAUUAUUGCUGUGGGCCAGGGUAAGGACAAGUUUGGUCAUUGUUUCACUUGGGACUCCGGUAACUCCAUUGGAGAAAUUCAAGGUCAUUCUGCCGCCAUCAAUGCUGUUGAUAUUAAACCUCAAAGACCUUAUAGAGCUGCCACAGUCGGAGACGACAAGGCGCUUGUAUUCUUUAAUGGUCCACCUUUCAAGUUCGACAAGAGUUUGAGAGAUCAUUCCAAUACCGUUAGAGAUGUUCGUUUCUCUCCAGAUGGGAAAUAUCUUGCCAGUGUAGGAUCUGAUAGAUUGAUCGUCAUCUAUGAUGGGAAGACUGGUGACUUUAUCAAAAAGAUUGAUGCCGCCCAUCAAGGAGGGAUUUUUGGUAUUUCUUGGUUACCAAAUACUCCAGAUCAAUUUGUUACUUGUUCAGCUGAUAAUACUUUGAAAACUUGGGAUGUUAACACUGAAUUCAUUGAAAGUUAUACUAUUAGUAAAGAAGUUACUGUCCAAGACCAACAACUUGGAGUAGUUGCUACUCCUAAAUACCUUGUUUCUCUUUCAACCAAUGGGAAUUUGAAUUAUUUUGAAUAUUCCAAUGGUACACCUAUCACUGUGGUAUCUGGUGUACAAACUUCAAUCACCGCCACAUCCUAUGAUGAAAAGUUACUCAUUGGAUCUUCAGAUGGGUCUUUGGUUAAAAUUUCUCUUGAUCUGGACAAAAAUUUCAUUGCUGAACCUUCUUUGAACGCAGCUCAUUCAAAUUAUGUUGUUUCUGUACUUCAAACGGACUCUGGAGUUCUCACUGCUGGUUGGGAUGAUACUAUCAAGCUUUGGAAGGAUGGAACUUUAGUAUCUACUACUUCACUUCUGGAACAACCUAAAAAAAUCGUCAAGAUUUCAUCUUCGGUUCUUGUUUUAUUUGAAUCUAAAAUUGAAAUUUAUUCUAUUUCAUCUGAAGGAUUAACGAAGACAACUGAUCAAUCUUUAACAUUCUCUUCUUCUGAUGUUUCAGUAUAUGGAAACCAAAUUUUAUUAAAUAAUUUGUCCAAGAACUCAGUAGAGGAAUUCACAUUUUCAGAUGGGUCUCUUACACAAUCCAAAUCAUUCCCAGCAUUACGUGCUGCACCAACUUUGAUCAGAAUUUCCCCUGAUGGGAAGUAUGCAGCUGUUGCCGACAACACAGGGAAAUACACCCUUUAUAACACCGCCGAUGCUUCGGUUGUAACAACUAGAUGGGCUUUCCAUAGUUCCAAGGUUUUGGAUGCACAAUGGACUCCAGAUUCGGCAUUUAUUGUGAGUGGUGGAUUAGAUACUGGGAUUUUGAUUUAUUCAGUAGCUCGUCCAGCCAAGGUUUUGAAGUUCUUAUUGGCACAUCAAACUGGUGUUUCAGGGUUGCAAUGGACUUCGUAUGAUGCGGAAAAGAAGACUGCUACAUUUAUUAGUACAGGUCUUGAUGGUGUUGUAAAGAGUUGGGUCGUGGAUUUGAGUGUUUACUAGUUUAAAUAC